AUGCACCUAGAGAACAAAGAUAUCAGGCUGGCCUCAGCCGUGCUGGAAGUAGAGCUACACCAGACAUCUGCUUUGUCGGUUCCGACUUGCCCAGACCCAGGACGGCUGCUGACAGUCAAACCUGCUACCAGUAACCACAAGGUGGGCCAGGCAGAUCCCUGCAUCCCAUAUGCUGGUGAGGCUGCUGGGAAGAGCCUCUGUGUUCCUGAACAUACAGAGUUUGGCUCAUUCCUCAUGAACGGGAGCUCCAGCCUAAAAGACCUUUCUUUUAAGGAAGACACUCCUCUGCUCUGGAAUUCAUCACAAAAGAAAAGGUGCUGUGUGCGGUGGAUGAAGAUCACAGGCUUGUUUGUUUUCGUGGUGCUCUGCUCUAUUUUAUUCAGCCUGUAUCCGGAUCAAGGAAAGUUCUGGCAACUGUUGGCCGUGUCACCGCUGGAAAACUACUCUGUGAACCUCAGUGGCCAUGCGGACUCCAUGAUACUUCAGCUGGACCUGGCAGGGGCCUUAAUGGCUGGUGGACCAAGUGGUUCAGGGAAAGAAGAACAUGUCAUGGUGGUGGUGACCCAGACAGAUGCAGUGGGCAACAGACGGCGGCGACCACAGCAGGUCACUUACAAUUGGACUGUCUUUUUAAAUCCAAGAAGUGAGCACGUGGUGGUGAGCAGAACCUUCGAGAUAGUAAGCAGGGAGGCUGUUUCCAUCAGCAUCCAGGCCUCUCUCCAACAGACUCACCUCGUUCAUCUCUUGCUGGCCCAUCAGUUCCUUGGGGCAAGCGUUGAAGCACAAGUGGCCAGUGCGGUGGCCAUCCUCGCAGGGGUUUAUACUCUGAUCAUAUUUGAGGUUGUCCACAGAACCCUGGCAGCCAUGUUGGGAGCACUUGCAGCACUUGCAGCCUUGGCUGUGGUUGGUGAUAGACCCAGCCUGACCCACGUGGUGGAGUGGAUUGAUUUCGAGACUCUGGCCCUGCUGUUUGGCAUGAUGAUCUUAGUAGCUGUAUUUUCAGAAACAGGAUUUUUUGAUUACUGUGCUGUAAAGGCAUAUCAACUUUCUCGAGGAAGAGUGUGGGCCAUGAUCAUCAUGCUUUGUCUGAUGGCUGCCAUUCUUUCUGCCUUCUUAGACAAUGUCACUACGAUGCUCCUUUUUACUCCUGUCACCAUAAGGUUAUGUGAGGUGCUCAAUCUUGACCCGAGACAAGUCCUCAUUGCAGAAGUGAUCUUCACAAACAUUGGAGGAGCUGCUACUGCUAUUGGGGACCCACCAAAUGUUAUCAUUGUUUCCAAUCAGGAGUUGAGAAAAAUGGGCCUGGACUUCGCUGGUUUCACAGCACACAUGUUCCUGGGAAUUUGCCUUGUUCUCCUGGUCUCCUUUCCCCUCCUCAGACUUCUGUACUGGAACAAAAAGCUUUAUAACAAGGAGCCUAGUGAGAUCGUCGAACUGAAGCAUGAGAUUCAUGUCUGGCGUUUGACUGCCCAGCGCAUCAGUCCAGCCAGCCGUGAGGAGACAGCUGUGCGUGGCUUGCUGCUGGAGAAAGUGCUCGCCCUGGAGCAUCUGCUGGCCCAAAGGUUGCACACUUUCCACAGGCAAAUCUCACAGGAAGACAAAAAUUGGGAGACCAAUAUUCAAGAGCUACAAAGAAAGCACAGGAUAUCAGACAGGAGUCUGCUUGUCAAGUGCCUGACGGUUCUGGGAUCUGUCAUCUCUAUGUUCUUUCUCAACUCCUUUGUCCCUGGCAUUCAUCUUGAUCUUGGGUGGAUUGCUAUUCUGGGUGCCAUCUGGUUGCUAAUUUUAGCUGAUAUUCAUGACUUUGAGAUCAUUCUACACAGAGUAGAGUGGGCGACUCUCCUCUUCUUUGCAGCACUCUUUGUGCUGAUGGAGGCAUUGACACAUCUUCAUUUAGUAGAGUAUGUUGGAGAACAGACUGCCCUACUAAUAAAGAUGGUUCCAGAAGAUCAGCGCUUUGCAGCUGCCAUUGUCCUAAUAGUGUGGGUCUCAGCCUUGGCAUCGUCCUUGAUUGACAACAUCCCAUUUACUGCUACGAUGAUUCCUGUACUCCUGAACCUGAGCCAAGACCCUGAAAUUAGUUUGCCUGCACUGCCUCUCAUGUAUGCCCUGGCCCUCGGUGCCUGCCUGGGAGGUAAUGGGACACUGAUUGGAGCAUCCACAAACGUUGUUUGUGCAGGAAUCGCAGAGCAGCAUGGGUAUGGAUUCUCUUUCAUGGAAUUUUUCAGAUUGGGCUUCCCGAUGAUGCUCAUGUCCUGCACCAUUGGGAUGUGCUAUCUCCUGAUUGCUCACAUUGUGGUGGGAUGGAAUUAG